AUGGUAUUGACUAGAAGUGGUAAGAACUCUGAUACUAUGGUGGUUUGCACUGACUAUCCUAUACCCGUGUCUAGCAUUGCUAAGGUCAGGGAUUAUGCUUCUCGUAAGGUCCGCGAGAGGCGGUAUGAGAAGUUAAUCGUGUCUGGUUUGGGUUUGGUCCUGGACACUCUGCUCACCAUGCUUUGGAACGCAUGGACAACAGUCCAGAAACUCGCGGAAGCGCACAGGGCAAGAGACCGGUAA